CCUACCGGUUCGAUCCACUACCAGAAAGCACGACGGACCUCGAAAUGUGUAAACGCGCGAAAUGUUUGUUCUAACAUCAAUUUUGGUUUUCGAACAUUUGAACGAGCAUCGGGAGAUCGCGGCUACACAUCGUUCGGUGUGACGUGAAUUUAAGUACCUGUGGUAUGAUUAAUACAAAAUUUUCGUUUGCGGAUGCUCGGGUGAGAAGGGAUAAUCGAAGAACUUAUUCGAUUAUACGUUCUUGGGAAAAAUUACUUGUUAAUUAUUCGACAUACGUAUACCAACUUUUAUUCGAUCAUGUUACAAUACGUUUAAAAACGUUUCACGAUUACUUCUUUCAAUUUCAUCACGGAAAUAAGACAGCCGGAGAUAAUUAGAAUAAGCUUCGAUCGGUAAAACGCUGGUGGCUACGGUGGAUGUUUCACAGCGGAAGAUAAGAAUCUUUUGCGAACCGUGCGACGGUUUAAUUGCAGAGAGAAGUAAUUAACUGCGUGCACCGUUUAGAGCGUGCAGUAACGAUGACGACCUUAGACUCGCAGACCGAUAAAAGUUUAUGUCAUCUCGAUAAGCGAUCGAGCACGGAGUUAACUGAAAUUCCGUCUGAUCACGGACUUCCUGUUGGGAUAAGUCCGAUGGAAUCUCGGGUAGCCGGACACCGGUUAGACACCGAAGGACAUACGAUUGGCAUGUUACGUAGAUCGGACGGGCGUGUAUUUAAACCAGUCGUUAAACCGUUACUUGGUAAACGGGAAAUCUCGUUCUAUGAAAAUUUACAAAUAUCCCGAGAUCCUGUCAUGGUACAAUUGAAGAAUUACGUUCCACGAUAUUACGGCACGACUGAGUUGCAAAUUUUUGGCAGACGAGUAACAUUCCUUACGCUGAAAGAUAUUACCGAUGGUAUGGCGGAACCGUGCGUGAUGGAUAUAAAGAUAGGUAGGCGUACGUGGGACCCUUUGGCAACGCCAGAGAAAAGAGCUACGGAAGAAUUAAAGUACGCCGAGUCGAAGCGCACUUACGGAUUCUGUAUAACUGGAUUUCAAGUGUAUUGCGUCUCCUCCGGGCAAUUAAAACAAUUUGGCAAACAUUACGGCAAGACUCUUGACGCCAAUGGCGUCGUAGAAGCAUUGAAGAUCUUCCUGAAUAUAACUCCGGAAAGACCACCCUGCCGUCAAUUGGUCGUCAAGCUUCUCUCCAUUUUAUGGAGGAUUCUACUCUUCUUUCGCGUUCAACGGAUGUUCCGCUUCUAUUCUAGUUCCCUGUUGGUGGCAUACGACGCGAAAAGACUUAGACAUUACGUUCGUCAGAAUGAAGCGAACGAUGCAUCACCAUCCGGGCAGUCGCGAUCGUUCACUUCGACGAACACCUUUAAGCACGUGAACGACGCGACGACCAGCGACUCGAUUCCUAGCGACGAAAUCGUCAGGAACCGGACGAUGGAGAGAGUGCAUUUUAUCAAGAGGAGCAUCAGUUUGAGCAGCGAGUACGACUCGUCCGGCAAAGAGAAAUCGUUGAACAGAAGCGGAUCGUGUAGUCCCGAUUUCAGAGACGGUCGACUGUGCCGCACGCAUUCUUACAUAAACAACUUCGACGACGAUAUCGUCAGGAUGAAGGAGGAUUAUGACGACCUGCUGAACGAGCUUACCAGUACUUCGGAGGAGAAGCAGAACUGGGUCAGAAUUAACAUGAUCGAUUUCACGCAUGUCUUCCCCGCAGAGGAUCGCAAUGCCUUGGACCUGAAUUAUCUCGAAGGAAUCGAGAACCUGAUCAAACUCGUGGAGAUGUUCCUCGUUACCAAGGACACGACUGCAUGAAGCAUGCUCCCGUCGCGAUGUAGGAUGCCGUUGUUACGCGUUUUAUUCAAAAUCGAGAGGAACGAGUACGAAACGUUACCGGUGCAACUGUAUUUUAUAUUCUUUAAUAAAAUUAGAUUCCGUUCUCAUUUUCUUUUUUUCUCUCUCUCUCUCUCUUCUUUUUUGAUUUUCGUUAGAUCGGCGGGAACCGCGAAUCGGAAGCAGUAAUUUGUGACGAUACUCUGUGUACACGUUAGCGCGUGAAUAACAAAUGAAUGACGACGGGCGGUUGAAAAUGUUCCGUGGAAGCUUAUCGGGUGGCGGGCAACUCGAAAACCAACUGUAGAAUAUACAUAUAUAUUUAUUCGAGCUUCUGAGAAACGUUUUGAAUACCCGUGAUAGUGGCAUGAUGUGGCAAGCACCGAACAAAAUAACGACUGUUAAUUGUUUCGCACCAAAUAUAACGUUUGCAACAUUGUUCACCGCGCACACGCAUACACACUUCGGUCAGUGCACCCUCGCCUGUCGGUGUUAUUAGAAAAUCCGUGGCUGGUUAAUUUUAUAUUUAUAAACGUUCUAUUCCUACUUGUGUAUUCUUGGUGCGACUCCAUUUAUUUUCUUAUGUUACUGUUUCCUGCAGACGUCAUUCUGUAAUUGUAUGAGCUAAACACGGAAAUUGUUAUAUCGGUAUAAAUGAAAACAAUAAAUAAAAGUGUUAAUGUAAA